AUGCACUCCGUCCAUGAGGACAGGCAUGAAACAGUGGAGGAAACAACUAACCCAGAAAUAGUAGAGGAAACCGAACAUGAAAGCGUAAAUGAAACCAUGCAGGAAACAUUAGUUGCUGAUGAUGUUGUAGAUGCACUAGACCAGAUGAUACGUGAUGCGGAACCGGACUUUCUUGACAAAAAGAAUCUGAAGAAGUUGGAGCAGAUGAGGAUAGAUGCAAGAACACCACUUUACCCAAGUUGCAGCGUGUCUAAACUUGAAGCAAACCUGAUGCUAUUGGAGAUGAAGUCUAGUAAUAGUUUGUCAGACAAGAGAUUUGAUGAUUUGUUAAGCUUAUUGCAGAAGUUGCUGCCAAGCCCUAACGGGUUGCCUGAAAACACAUACCAGGCGAAGCAAAUGAUUUGCCCAAUGGGACUGGAGGUACAAAAGAUCCAUGCAUGCCCUAAGGAUUGCAUCUUGUAUCACGGCAAAUAUGAAGACUUGGAUGCAUGUCCAGUGUGCUCAGCUUCAUGGUACAAAUGUCCUGAAUCAGCAUUGUCAAUGAAAGGUGACCGCAACAAACGACCACCUGCCAAGGUCGUCUGGUAUUUUCCUAUCAUUCCUCGUUUGAAACGGUUGUUUGCAAACGCGAAGACUGCCAAGCUAAUGAGGUGGCAUGCCGAAGAUCGACUCGCUGAUGGGAAUCUCAGACACCCAGCAGAUGGUUCACAGUGGAGAGCUAUCAACUACAAAUACAAGAAUCGGUUUGCAAAGGAAAUAAGAAACAUAAGAUUCGGUUUGAGUACGGAUGGGAUGUGUCCUUUUAACAUGGUGAGCAGCAAACACAGUACGUGGCCUGUAACUCUUUGCAUAUACAACCUUCCUCCUUGGUUGUGUAUGAAGCGGACCUACAUCAUGAUGCCAUUACUAAUCCAAGGGCCAAAACAACCUGGAAAUGAUAUCGAUGUGUAUUUGGAACCACUGGUGGAUGAUCUAAUGAAGUUGUGGAACGAUGGUGUCAAGGUGUGGGAUGAGUACAAGCGAGAACACUUCACUCUGAAGGCAAUGUUGUUUGUAACAAUCACAGACCUUCCCGGCCUUGGUAGCUUAGCAGGCCAAGUAACGAAGGGUUACAAGGGAUGUGUGGUUUGUUUGGAUGAUACCAACGCAAGAUGGUUGAAGAAUAGCAACAAAAUGGUUUACAUGGGUCAUCGUAGGUUCCUUCCAAAGGCUCACCCAUAUCGCCGGAACAAGAAAUCCUUUGAUGGUACAAAGGAUGAACGUUUACCUCCCAAGUUUCUAGAUGGGAAGGAGAUAUACAAGAAGGACUUGAUUGUUCGUCACGCACUUGAUGGCAUGCAUCUAACUAAAAAUGUUACCGAGAGCACGCUCGGAACAUUAAUGGCCAUGAAAGGUAAAGGAAAAGACUCACUUGAAACUCGACAGGACCUGCAAGAUAUGAAUGUCAGAAGUGAGCUGCAUCCAAUUACUCAACAUGAUGGGAAGACGAAGCUUCCGGUUGCAUCUUGGACCUUGGAUAAAAUUGAGAAAAAGAAAAUUUGUAGCUUCUUCCACGAACUCAAAGUGCCAACGGGCUACUCAUCAAACAUCAGAAGGCUUGCGAACAUGAAGGAGUUAAAGUUCAACAUGAGCUGCAUGAAGGCCCAUGACUGCCACGUCAUUAUGACACAGUUGCUCCCAGUUGCUCUGAGGGGCGUGCUUCCCGUGAAGGUCAGAGAUCCGAUCAUAAAGUUGUGCUCAUUCUUCAACGCAAUCUCACACAAGGUCAUAGACCCAAACACACUUGACAAGCUGCAAGCAGACCUGAUUCACACAAUUAAUCGGCUCGAGAUGCAUUUUCCACCAACUUUCUUUGAUAUAUCGGUGCAUCUUAUCACUCACCUUGUUGCCCAGAUAAAAGCUCUUGGUCCAAUCUUCUUGCAUCAGAUGUUUCCUUUCGAGAGGUUGAUGAGUGUUCUAAGAAAAUAUGUUCGGAAUAGAUAUCGUCCAGAAGGGUGCAUGGUUAAUGGAUGGUCUACAGAGGAGGCAGUUGAGUUCUGCACAUACUACCUGGAUCUUAAUAGAAUGGGAGUUCCAGUAUCUCGUCAUGAGGGAAGGCUGGGGGGCAGAGGUAUGAUUGGUGAGCAAUCAGUUCGUAUCGAUGACCUGGCUAGUUUUAAUCAGGCACAUUUCACCGUUCUGCAGCAGGCAUCUGUAGUCUCACCUUAUAUUGAAAUGCACAAGAGAGAACUACAAGGUAAAUAUCGCGGUAGGUCAGAAGCAUGGCUCACAAAACAACAUAAAGAGGAGUUUGGAAGCUGGUUACGACUUAAAUUAGCAGGUGUCGAUACCGGCAAUGCUCAACUAGAUCUUUUGGCCAUCGGUCCAUCUAGUACGGUCCUAAAGUUCCAAGGAUAUGAGAUAAAUGCAUACACAUUUUACACUAGAAAACAAGAUGAGAAAAGCACCAACCAAAAUAGUGGUGUCCGUAUCGAUGCUUACAACGACAAUCGUCAAUUGGAGACAUAUUAUGGGUUCAUAGAAGAGAUAUGGGAGCUAGAGUACGGACCACUAAAAAUCCCUCUUUUUCGGUGCCAGUGGAUCAAGCUUCCUAAGGGUGUGUUCACGGACAAGUACGGCAUGACGGUCGUUGACCUCACCAACAUAGGGUAUAGGGAUGAACCAUUCAUAUGGGCUAAAGAUGUAGUCCAAGUCUUCUAUGCAAAGGACCUAGCGAAUGAGGGCAAACAUGUGGUGCUGCAAGGGAAAAGGAAGAUCGUCGGUGUUGAAAAUAUGACCGAGGAUGAAGAGAAGGGAUUUCAGGACAUGCCUCCACUUGGACCCGAUAUCGACCUACCUGUGUUUGAAGAGGGAGAAGAACCAGCUUAUGUGCGACUUGAUCAUAACGAGGCCCUCAUCGUCAAUUGA